UUCAGUUUUAGACCUCACUGCUUUACACAGACCACGGCAAAGAUGGAGUUCGCUUGCAGUCAUGUUGUAUGUGACUGGAGACCUGUUGGAGCGGCAUCCACAGGUUUUUCUCCAACCGAGCACACGUAUGACAACAGGGUGACUCUUAAAAAACAAGGUCCAGUUCCUCCACCGGUGCCUCCUCGUCACCGUCCUCGACCGACUUCCCUGCCUCCACACCAUCUUCCCCCCUUUCAGCCUCCACUUCGUCCUUCCUCGCUCCCUCCUCCCGUCCCUCCCAGAAUCGACAAGCUGGAAGGAGAAAACAGGCUGAAAGUCAACGUCAAUGUCGUCUCUCUCAGUAUUGGAAAUCUAGUGGACAUCAGCCAAGCCUCAGGCCUGGAGAAUUUUCAGAGCCCAGUGAUUUGUGGGAAAUGUAGUGCUGCCUUGUCAUGUCUGAGUUCUAUGCAGAGCAAUGUAUGGGUGUGUGAGUUCUGUGGAUGUGCAAACAACGUAAACAACAGCGUGACAAGGGUGUGCAUUGGACAGCGCGCAGGUGUACACAGUGACGACCUUUACCUGCCGGAUCAAAGUGAAGAUGACUACCAGAACUUAGAGGACACGCUGGUGGUCUUCUGUGUGGACAUCUCUGGCAGCAUGAUAGUCACUACAGAGGUUACAUCAAACAAUGGAUUUCCAGGGUACAUAUCCAGACUGCAGGGCAUGCAGGAUGCCCUCAAGAAGGCGCUGUUGUCUCUGCUGCAGCAGUCCCCCCACAGGAGAGUGGCACUGGUCACGUUCGGUGAUGAGGUUGUGAUAUAUGGUGAUGGUACAAGUACUCCCCUCACUCUUCGUGACUGGGCGUUGGUCGACUAUGACCAUAUAUGGCAACAGGGCGUGGCUUAUACCAUCCCACACUGUAUUGCUGAGACCUACCAACAACUAAUACAGCGGGUCAAAGAACUCAGGGAAUAUGGGGCUACAAGUCUUGGUCCUGCAGCGUUAGCCUCGGUUGCCAUGGCGUCAAGGUACCCCGGGUCAAAGGUGAUUUUGUGUACUGAUGGCAUGGCCAACAUCGGAUUGGGUGCAAUGGAGCAAACUCCCUCUCUGUCCUCCUCCUCUCCUCUUACCCCCAUUUUCUACACACAACUGGCUGAAAAGGCGGUGGAGAGUGGAGUCAUUAUAUCAGUCAUGACUUUUGAAGGGACAGAUUGUCGCUUGGCUGAUGUUGGAAGACUUGCAGACUCUACUGGAGGAAGGGUGAACAUGGUGAGCAUCGGCACCGUUGCAACAGAGAUCGAGUCAGCCUCCAUAGACAAUGUCCUUGCAACAGGAGUGACUGCAACCCUGCUUGCUCCUGAUGGAGUGUAUUUUCCUUAUGAGGAUGAGAACAAUCACAAACUGGUGAAGGAUAUAGGGAAUGUAACCAGGGGGAUGGAGAUCACUGUGCAGUUUGCUGUAAAACCAGCAUUUACAGAUGUUUUUAUCCAGAAGGACACACUUCCAUUCCAACUCCAGCUGAGCUUCAAGACCAGAGACCAACAAAAAGUCACUCGGAUCAUUACAGAACAGCGACCAGUUACUAUCUGCAGUCGGAUUCAGACUGAAAGCCUCAACACGGUGGUACUUGGGGUUCACUGUGCUCAACUCUGUGCCAGUUUAACUAUGGAGGGUCGAGUCCAGGAAGCACAGAGGCAGCUAAAAGCACAGCAAGAGCUGCUUGGCCGAAUCAGUAAGCAGAGGCCAAUCCAACAGGAAGAGAAUAUCUACGGCAAUUGGAUGCACACAAUGACAACAAUCUGUGAAGACAUCAGCCCAGAAUCUGAAAUUCUCUCUGAUGAGGCAGCUAAGGUGAUGUACCAGAUGAAGAGAGCCAGCAGUGCCACUAGCAGCAACAGCAUCCCAACUGAGAAGAAAAAAAAGAAAAAGAAGGCCCUUGUGGCAGGAAUCUAAUGAAAAUCAAGCAUUUACAAA